GGCGCGAGCGGCUCCUGCGGCGGGCUAGAGGCGGAGGCGGAGCCGAGUCACUCCUGCACUCCGGGGCUCCGGUCCCCCGCGCCAGGCUGCAGCUUACUGCCCGCCGCGGCCAUGCGGGGCUCCGUGCACGGAUGAGAGAAGCCGCCGCCGCCGCCGAGCUGGUCCCGCCGCCCGCCUUCGCCGUCACUCCCGCCGCCGCCAUGGAGGAGCCGCCGCCGCCGCCGCCGCCGGAACCCGAACCCGAGCCGGAGCGCUGCCGGGCGGCGAGACAAGAGUGCGCAUUGGGAGAUUCAGCUUGUAAGAAUUCUGAGUCUGAUCCUGAGGACUUUUCAGAUGAAACAAAUACAGAGAACCUUUACGGUCCCUCUCCCCCCAGCACGCCUCGGCAGAGGAAGCGUCUGUCAACCAAACACCAGAGGAAUAAUGUAGGGCGGCCCACCAGUCGAGCUAAUGUGAAAGAAAAAAUGAAUGCACCAAACCAACCUUCACAUAAAGACACUGGAAAAACUGUGGAGAAUGUGGAAGAAUACAGCUAUAAGCAGGAGAAAAAGGUCCGAGCAGCUCUUAGAACGACGGAGCCGGAUCAUAAGAAGAACGUGCAGUGCUCGUUCAUGUUGGACCCAGUGGGUGGGUCUUUGCCCAAAAAAUCAAUUCCAGAUGUGGAUCUCAAUAAGCCUUACCUCAGUCUUGGCUGCAGCAAUGCUAAGCUUCCGGUGUCUGUGCCCAUGCCAAUAGCCAGAACUGCACGCCAGACUUCUAGGACUGACUGUCCAGCAGAUCGCUUAAAAUUUUUUGAAACUCUACGACUUCUACUAAAGCUUACCUCAGUCUCAAAGAAGAAGGACAGGGAGCAAAGAGGACAGGAAAAUACAUCUGCUUUCUGGUUUAACCGAUCUAAUGAACUGAUCUGGUUAGAGCUACAAGCCUGGCAUGCAGGACGGACCAUUAACGACCAGGACCUCUUUUUAUAUACAGCCCGUCAAGCCAUCCCAGAUAUUAUCAAUGAAAUCCUUACUUUCAAAGUUAAUUAUGGGAGCUUUGCCUUUGUUAGAAAUGGAGCUAGUUUUAAUGGCACUUUGGUAGAAGGGCAGUGCAGAGCCCCUCAUGGGACAAAGGUUGUGGGUUACCCAACAUAUCAUGAGCACCUCCAACGCCAGAGGGUGUCAUUUGAGCAGGUCAAACGGAUAAUGGAGCUGCUGGAGUACAUAGAGGCACUUUAUCCAUCGUUGCAGGCUCUUCAAAAGGACUAUGAAAAAUACGCUGCAAAAGACUUCCAGGACAGGGUGCAGGCACUCUGUUUGUGGUUAAACAUCACAAAAGACUUAAAUCAGAAAUUAAGGAUUAUGGGCACUGUUUUGGGCAUCAAGAAUUUAUCCGACAUUGGCUGGCCAGUGUUUGAAAUCCCUUCCCCACGACCAUCCAAAGGCAAUGAGCCCGAAGAUGAGGGUGAGGACACAGAAAGAGAAUUGAAAGAGUUGGAAAGCAGUACGGACGAGAGUGAAGGAGAACAGAUCUCUGAUCCAAGGGUACCAGAAACCAGGCAGCCCACUGACAACAGUUUCAACAUCCAGUCACCGGAUUGCGUAACUAAGAAGCUCGAGAGGCUUGAAUCUGAGGACGAUUCUGUUGGCUGGGGAACACCAGACUGCAGCACAGAAGCAGGCUUUAGUAGACAUUGUCUGACUUCUAUUUAUAGACCAUUUGUAGACAAAGCACUGAAGCAGAUGGGGUUAAGAAAGUUAAUUUUAAGACUUCACAAGCUGAUGGAUGGUUCCUUGCAAAGGGCACGUAUAGCACUGGUAAAGAGUGACCGUCCAGUGGAGUUUUCUGAAUUUCCGGAUCCCAUGUGGGGUUCUGAUUACGUGCAGCUGUCCAGGACGCCGCCUUCCUCAGAGCAGAAAUGCAGCGCUGUCUCGUGGGAUGAGCUGAAGUCCAUGGAUUUACCCUCAUUCGAACCUGCCUUCCUGGUCCUCUGUCGAGUCCUUCUGAAUGUCAUACACGAAUGUCUCAAGUUAAGGUUGGAACAGAGACCUGCUGGAGAACCAUCUCUCUUGAGUAUUAAGCAGCUGGUGAGAGAGUGUAAGGAGGUGCUAAAGGGCGGCCUUCUGAUGAAGCAGUACUACCAGUUCAUGCUGCACGAGGUCCUGGACCACCUGGAGGAGACCGACUGCAACAUCGAUGCCUUCGAGGAGGAUCUGCACAAAAUGCUGAUGGUAUAUUUUGAUUACAUGAGAAGCUGGAUCCAAAUGCUACAGCAAUUACCUCAGGCAUCUCAUAGUUUAAAGAAUCUGUUAGAAGAAGAAUGGAAUUUCACCAAAGAAAUAAUCCAUUACAUCCGGGGAGGAGAAGCACAGGCUGGAAAACUUUUCUGUGACAUUGCAGGAAUGCUGCUGAAAUCUACAGGAAGUUUUCUAGAAUCUGGCUUACAGGAGAGCUGUGCAGAGUUUUGGACCAGUGCCGAUGAUAGUAGUGCUUCAGAUGAAAUAAGGAGAUCUGUUAUAGAGAUCAGUCGAGCACUGAAGGAGCUCUUUCACGAGGCUAGAGAAAGAGCCUCCAAAGCACUUGGAUUUGCUAAAAUGCUGAGAAAGGACCUGGAAAUAGCUGCAGAGUUCAUACUUUCAGCCCCAGUUAGAGACCUUCUGGAUGUCCUGAAAUCAAAACAGUACGUUAAGGUACAAAUUCCUGGCUUAGAAAACUUGCAGGUGUUUGUUCCAGACACCCUUGCUGAGGAGAAGAGUAUUAUUUUGCAGUUACUCAAUGCAGCCGCAGGAAAGGACUGCUCGAAAGACUCAUACGAACUACUAAUUGACGCCUAUCUGCUUCUAACGAAACAUAGUGACCGCACUCAGGACUCAGAUGGCAGCUGGGCCACGUGGGAGGCACAGCCUGUCAAAAUUGUGCCUCAGGUGGAGACUGUCGAUACCUUGAGAAGCAUGCAGGUGGAUAAUCUUUUACUAGUUGUCAUGGAGUCUGCGCAUCUCAUAAUUCAUAGAAAAACUUUCCAGCAGUCCACUGAAGGACUCAUGACUCUACGCCAGGAGCAGACAUCCAGUCAGCCCGUCAUCGCCAGAGCUUUGCAGCAGCUGAAGAAUGAUGCAUUAGAGCUUUGCAACAGAAUAAGUGAUGCCAUUGACCGAGUGGACCACAUGUUCACUUCAGAAUUUGACGCUGAAGUUGAUGAAUCUGAAUCUGCCACGUUGCAGCAGUAUUAUCGAGAAGCCAUGAUUCAAGGGUACAAUUUUGGGUUUGAGUAUCAUAAAGAAGUCGUUCGUUUGAUGUCUGGCGAGUUUAGACAGAAGAUAGGAGACAAGUAUAUAAGCUUUGCCCGGAAAUGGAUGAAUUACGUCCUGACUAAAUGUGAGAGUGGUAGAGGGACAAGACCCAGGUGGGCAACUCAAGGUUUUGACUUCCUGCAAGCCAUUGAACCUGCUUUCAUUUCAGCUUUACCAGAAGAUGACUUCCUGAGUUUACAAGCCCUGAUGAAUGAAUGCAUCGGCCAUGUAAUAGGAAAGCCACACAGUCCUAUUACAGGUUUGUACCUUGCCAUUCAUCGGAACAGCCCCCGUCCUGUGAAGGUACCGCGGUGCCAUAGCGACCCUCCUAACCCGCAUCUGAUCAUCCCAACUCCAGAGGGAUUCAGCACCCGGAGCGUGCCUGCGGACACGCGGAGCCUCAGCAGCCCCGCCGCCGCCGCCGCCGCCGCCGCCGCCGCCGCCGCCGCCAGCGGCCGCCCCGGCCCCUCCGGCAGCGACUCUGCGCCGCCCAAACCCAUCAGCAGUGCCCAUGAGACCAGGGGUUCCAGCGUCCCUGAGAAUGAUCGAUUGGCUUCCAUAGCGGCCGAAUUGCAGUUUAGGUCCCUGAGUCGUCACUCGAGCCCCACCGAGGAGCGAGAUGAACCAGCAUAUCCAAAAGGUGAUUCAAGUGGGUCAACUCGAAGAAGUUGGGAACUUCGGACACUUAUCAGUCAGACUAAGGAUACUGCUUCUAGGCAAGGACCCAUAGAAGCUAUUCAGAAGUCAGUCCGACUGUUUGAAGAAAAGAGAUAUCGAGAAAUGAGGAGAAAGAAUAUCAUUGGUCAAGUUUGUGAUACCCCUAAGUCUUAUGACAAUGUUAUGCACGUUGGCUUGAGGAAGGUGACCUUUAAGUGGCAAAGAGGAAACAAAAUUGGGGAAGGGCAGUAUGGGAAGGUCUAUACCUGUAUCAACGUGGACACCGGUGAACUGAUGGCCAUGAAGGAGAUUCGCUUUCAACCUAAUGACCACAAAACUAUCAAGGAAACGGCAGACGAACUGAAAAUCUUCGAAGGCAUCAAGCACCCCAAUCUGGUUCGGUAUUUUGGUGUGGAGCUGCAUAGGGAAGAAAUGUACAUCUUCAUGGAGUACUGUGACGAGGGUACCUUAGAGGAGGUGUCGAGGCUGGGACUUCAGGAGCAUGUCAUCAGGCUGUAUUCUAAGCAGAUCACCGUUGCAAUCAAUGUCCUCCAUGAGCAUGGCAUAGUUCACCGUGACGUUAAAGGUGCCAACAUCUUCCUUACCUCAUCUGGACUAAUCAAGCUGGGAGAUUUUGGAUGUUCAGUAAAGCUUAAAAACAAUGCUCAGACCAUGCCUGGUGAGGUGAAUAGCACGCUGGGGACAGCAGCAUACAUGGCCCCAGAAGUCAUCACUCGCGCCAAAGGAGAAGGCCACGGGCGUGCGGCCGACAUCUGGAGUCUGGGGUGUGUCGUCAUAGAGAUGGUGACUGGCAAGAGACCUUGGCAUGAAUAUGAGCACAACUUUCAGAUUAUGUACAAAGUGGGAAUGGGGCAUAAGCCACCAAUCCCUGAAAGAUUAAGCCCAGAAGGAAAGGACUUCCUUUCUCACUGCCUAGAAAGCGAGCCCAGGAUGAGGUGGACGGCCAGCCAGCUCCUCGACCAUUCCUUCGUCAAGGUUUGCACAGAUGAAGAAUGAAGCUAACCAGUCUGUGGCCUAGUAGUGUGUGUACUCGGAAAAUUCUCUUAAUCACUACUGUAUGUAAUAUUUACAUAAAGACUGUGCUGAGAAGCAGUAUAAGCCUUUUUAACCUUCCAAGACUGAAGACUGCACAGGUGACAAGCGUCACUUCUCCUGCUGCUCCUGUUUGUUCGACGUGGCACGGGGCCCUCCUGAGUGAUGGUGUCCACGAGGUAAAGAAGCUGCAUGUUAAGUGCCAUUACUACUGUACACGGACCAUCACCUCCGUCACCUCCGUUUCUCGGGUAACUGAGAACCGUGACAUCAGUGUAGUAUUUUUGACCUUUCUAGGUUCAAAAGCAGUUGUAGUGUUAUCAGGCGUCCUGGGCCUUGUUAAUCUCUUGUUUGUCGAGUGCACUGACUGUGAAACCUUACCUGUUGUUGUUGUUGUUGGCAAGCCACAGGUUUGUUAUGCAAAAGGCUGAUUAAUGAAAUUUAAGAAAAAGGUUCUUUUUUCAAUAAAUGGUUUAUUUUAGGAAAGCUCA